UAUUUAUCAUGAAAUCCCUUAUUACCUCCCUCCUCCCAGCGGCUACGCUCAUUCACGCAGCCGCCAUUUGGCCAACGCAUUCAUUUCACACAACCGAUACAAACACACCCAUCCUCAACAUCACCAAAUUCGGCCCAACAGCCCCCGGCUUCCUCUUCAUCGCCCCCUCCACUAGCACCGGCGGCUCACCUGCGAUCUACGCCGACACCGGCGACCUGGUCUGGCACGGGCCCGAGGGCAAAACAUACGCCUACCAGCCACAGACACUGCACGGUGAGCCAGUUCUCACCUUCUGGCAGGGUCAUAACGUCAAGGGCUUCGGGUACGGCCAUAUCAGCAUCCUAAAUGCGUCGUAUGAGGAAAUCCACCGCGUAACCUUGCCGGGGUCAAAAGAUAGUUCAUUCGUUACAGCGACGAAUGAGUCGUUUCCGUCUUAUAUCGACAUUCAUGAGAGCGCGAUUACAGAGCACGGAACAAUUCUGGUGACGGCUGUAAACGUGACGCAGACGGAUUUGACGUUUGUUGGUGGCGAGCGCGAUGGGUGGGUCCAGGAUGGACUGGUGUAUGAGAUUGACAUCGAGACCAACGAGGUCUUGUUCCGGUGGAGUGCUGUUGAACAUAGCGAGCAGUUGCCCUUGGAGUAUGUGGAGUAUCCACUCAAUGAUGCGGGGAGAAACAGCUCUGUCCCGUACGAAUGUCCGCACCUGAACUCCGUAGCCAAGUACGGCGAUACAUAUCUCGUUUCGUCGAGGGUGAUCUGGUUUGGUUACUCCAUGUAUGCCCGUGCCUGCCCUAACCUUGCCUCAAUGGAACGAGCUAACAGGUACGUCCAGGGACAAAAAGGAGGCACAUAUACCCUCCCCUCAACCCCAGGCUCAACCUUCUGCUACCAACACGACGCGCGCAUCCACGCACACACAUACCCCGGGCACCCCAAUGAGACGAUAACCCUCUCACUUCACAAUAACGACAACACAGAUGCCACCAUUCCGCGCCGUCUGACAACCGGGUUAGUCUUUAACCUGCACCCAUUCAACAAAUCAGCUACGCUGAUAUCCCGCACCUACGAUGCCCGGGAUCCUGUCUCGGCCGUGUCCCAGGGGAACUACCAGGUCCUUCCUUCUAACGGAACUGGAGCUGGACUUGGAGGGUACUAUGUGGCGGGCCAUGGCGCUGUACCGAAGAUCGAGGAGUAUGAUUCUGCCGGGAAGGUUGUCAUGAGGGGGUGGUUCGGUGCGAAGAUCGAGAAUACAAGUACGAGUAGCUAUGAUUGGACUUCUUAUCGGGGCUAUAGAGAAAAUUGGGUUGGGAGACCCAGAAGUCGUCCUAGUAUUUUUGCUUGUCGGGAAGAGGAUGAACAGAAGGUUGAUGUUUGGGUGAGCUGGAACGGGGCCACAGAUGUAAAGGGGUGGAGGAUUUAUGGGCUGAGCUCGAGUUCUAAAGGGGAAAGAAUGAGGGUCUUGCGGGACGUGGCGAAGAGUGGGUUUGAGACGAGGGCUGUGCUUGGGGCUGAUAUUGACGAUAUUGAAGUUAGGGAGGGCAGUGUGGAUGUGAUCAUAGUGGAAGCUAUUGGAGGUGUUGGGGAAGGCGCCAAGAGUGAGGCUGUACGUGUUGGGUCCUGCUCUACGCAGUAAAAGUGAGGAUGUGCUAUAGGUAACU